UACACACCAUAAAGACGGGCAAUCUUCAUUCCCAACCGCCAUCCGCCAUUUGUUCAUCAGCCAGCCUUCCGUACAUCUCUCCGGUUCAAGACCGUUACAAGAAAAACCAAAGAACUUUCUUCUUCUUUUUCUUCUUCUUUUCUUCUUCAAGGAACCCCCUGUCAACCCUCUCAACGCAUUGGCUUUGUACAGCUAGAGAGAGAGAGAGAGGACAGAAUUAAGGGAAAGCUAGCCAGCUAGUGCGGUUGGGGGUUUGAAGAUUAUAAUAAAUGGCCGGCGGAGGGGGUGGAGGCAGGGAGCUGGAUCAGACGCCAACGUGGGCUCUGGCCACCGUCUGUUUCGUUAUCAUUAUUAUUUCCAUCCUUUUGGAAAAGGUUCUUCAUAUGGUCGGACAUUGGUUUGAACAUAGAAAAAAGAGUGGAUUGCUUGAAGCUCUUGAGAAAGUGAAAGGAGAGCUUAUGGUUUUGGGAUUUAUUUCUCUGUUGCUAACAUUUGGGCAAAAGUACAUCGCUCAAGUGUGUAUUCCGAUAGAGGCAGCAGACACAAUGCUGCCUUGCCCAUACAGAGGGGAUGAUCAAGAAGGAGGUGGUGGUGGUGGAGAUCAUCGUCGCCGGCUUUUAUGGUAUGAGCGCAGAUAUUUAGCCGCUGGUAGCGAUGGUCCAGGCUGCAAGGAGGGAAAAGUGCCGCUCAUAUCUGCAAAUGGAUUACAUCAAUUGCACAUCUUCAUAUUCUUUUUAGCAAUAUUUCACGUUGUAUACGGUGCCAUAACCAUGACACUUGGAAGAUUAAAGAUUCGUGGGUGGAAGGUGUGGGAACGAGAGAUGGAACAUGAUAAUGAAUUCAAUGAUCCUACAAAAUUCAGGCUUACUCACGAGACAUCAUUUGUUAGAGACCACACAAGAUGUUGGACUAAAAACCCAUUUACCUUCUAUUUUGUAAGCUUUCUUCGACAAUUCUUUAGGUCCGUCCGCAGGGCCGACUACUUGACCAUGCGACAUGGAUUCGUCACGGUUCAUUUAGCACCUGGAAGUAAGUUUGACUUUCAAAAGUAUAUCAAAAGGUCAUUAGAAGAUGACUUUAAGGUAGUUGUGGGAAUCAGUCCACUGUUGUGGACUUCAAUGGUUCUCUACCUGCUUCUCAAUGUUCAUGGAUGGGAGGCUAUGUUUGUGCUGUCCAUACUUCCUCUUGUUAUAAUAUUAGCUGUUGGAACAAAGCUGCAAGCAAUUAUAUCUCAAAUGGCACUUGAGAUCAAAGAAAGACAUGCUGUAGUCCAAGGGAUACCUCUGGUGCAAGUCUCAGACAAGCAUUUUUGGUUUAGCUGGCCUCAGUUAGUUCUUUAUUUGAUCCAUUUUGUCCUGUUUCAGAAUGCAUUUGAGAUAACAUAUUUCUUUUGGAUAUGGUACGAGUUUGGGAUAAGAUCUUGUUUCCAUGAUAAUUUCGUUCUUACAGUACUCAGAGUUGCACUUGGGGUAUGCGUACAAGUUAUGUGCAGCUACAUCACUCUUCCCCUAUAUGCAUUGGUUACGCAGAUGGGAUCAACAAUGAAGAAGUCAAUCUUUGAUGAACAAACUAACAAAGCUUUAAAGAUAUGGCAAAAGAAUGCUGCAAAGAAGAAGACUGACGGGAAACCGGCAGCUAAACCCAGUGUCGAUUCCGUAACAAAGGCUCCACCAAAGGCUGAAAUGGAAAAAGGUCCAUCAACUCCUGAACAGACGGCAAACAUCUUGGCCAGUGUAGAUAUUCAAGGCAACACGAAUGACCUCCUAACAGGAGGACCAUGAGAUUAUGGUGAGAUCGUGGCGCUGAAUGUGGGAGAAAAAUAUUGACAAUAUUGUUGAGGCUCCAGAAAGGCCAUGCAUGCACCAUUGGUUGUGACAUUUUGCAAAUUGACCAAAUUAUUAACAUGAACCUAAUCUUCUACAAGGCCAGAACACAUCUUGAGUUCCUGAUAAAUAUGGGCUCCAAUUUAUGUGGCGAAUAGUCUAGAUCCCUUCUUUGUAUGUAAUAUUAUAUAUUAUUUCUUUGCAGUUUUGUUAUGAAACCAAUAUCAGCUACAUGGUGGAUUCAUUUGGUUUAAAUUUAGAGUUGAAGACACAAGCAAGCACCUUCUAAAUUUAGCUCAUCUGAAUUAUCGGUUACCAUUUUAUUCAUAGUGUUCUUGUUGGUCCUUUUUCCCGCCAAUACUCUUUUUGUGGUUACUCUGGAUCGAGCUACUCUGGAGAGUGGGAAGGCCGUUGGAUCAACACCAAUGCUCCGAUUGGAUUUCUGGCAUGCGAGGAAGAUUCUUUCAACUUCUGAACAAAAUUGAAAGUUGAAUCAGGUUGACAAGAACAGGCGAGCUCAGGCUAGGCCCUAACAACUUGUUCCUUUUGUUCUGAUCAUGAAUUGCGUAGGCGUGCCACUAUUGGGUAUGAGACCAGCCCAAUAGAUCUGGUAUAUGUGGUGCAGGAUGUUGAUUUGUUGUAUUUGCGCUUAUUCUGGACUUCUGCUCAAGCCAUUGUGCUCCAAGGGGGGUACUAGCCUGGAUAAGUU